AAGGCAUGUCUGCAUUGAUGAGAGAAAGGCUGUCUGCAUCUCCAAGGUCUUUGCCAGGCCCUAUGCUGGGUACUGAAGAUUUUUUAAGAAAUGAACAUCUGCCCCAGCGCACAAGAAAUUCCCAGACUGAGGCAGAAACAGACACACUAAAUGAGCACCGCAGAGAAUGGCAAGGGCUGCACCAUGAGAAACCACACAGAAGAGGGUCAAUUAGCCCAGGGUGGUGGGAGGAAAGCGACAGUUCCAGAGACUGAUUACCCCUGGUGAUAGCCCUGCCCAUUACAGCCUGACACUCAGAGGGGCCAAACCCCAUGGUGUUGAGCAGAGUGUGCAUAUUAAGACUCCACACACACACCGAUCACAUCUCCCCUGUGCCUCUUUCUCUCUCAGACACAGCUGGGGCCCGUUUACAGAUUCCUGGUGGAAGACUUUCUUCUCUCUUCUCAAAGUCCCUGGAAGCCUGCAGGAGCUGGAUCUGAGUGGGAACUCUCUGAGCUGCUUUGCAGUACAGAGUCUUUGUGAUGCCCUGAAAAGUCCUCGCUGCAUUCUGACGACCUUGAGGCUGGUCAACUGUGGCCUCACAAAUGACUGUUGCAAGGACCUGGCCUCCAUGCUGGCUACCAGCUCCAGCCUGACAGAGCUAGACGUGCAGCAAAACGACCUGGGCAACCUUGGUGUAACACUGCUCUGUGAAGGGCUCAGGCAGCCUGCCUGCCAACUCAGGAACCUGUGGCUGGACCAGACUCAGCUGAGUGAGGAGGUGAAAAAGAUGCUGGGUCUCCUGCAGCAGGAGAAGCCUCAGCUGGUCAACAUCGGUAAUUGGGAGCCAAGUGAAACGGUCACUGAGAUUGUCCCAGGUGGAGGACAGAUGAGUGAUGGCACAUCUCCACCCCAGUGGCAGACAUCAGAACCAGAGGAGAGCUCCCCUGAAGUAUUACCGACACCCUGUUAUCUGUUAUCUCAUGAACCUCUGCGGAACCAACCAGUGGAGCUUCUAAAGCUGGAUGGUGACUUCUGGGGCCCCACAAGGUCUGUGGCUACAGAGAUGGUUGACAAAUUCAGGAGUCUGUACCGGUGAGUGACAGGACUCUGGUGUGCCAGGCCUGCUUCCCCACCCCCACCAUCCCUACACUGGAUCCCAACAGACACUCAGCACCCCACUCAUGAUCUAUUGGGUCCCUUCUCAUUGUUGAGCCACCAGGCAGAGAAACGGGGCUGUAUUAGUACUUUU